AUGGCGAGCCUGCGCUCUGCGGGGGCGUUGCCCAAGCUGGGAAGCACGCAGUCCACGUUUCGUGGCCUGUCUGCAGCCUUCCAGCGAGUCAGCAUCUCGUCGCCUCCCCAGCUGCGGCACCAGCUCAACAUCACAGCAUCCCGCGUCUGUGACCUCACGGGCAAGAAGGCCAACAACGGGUACAACGUGACCUUCUCCCACAAGCGCAAUCGGAAGCUGCAACAGCCCAACCUGCAGGACAAGAAGGUGUACUGGCCGGAGGGCAAGCGCUGGGUGCGGCUGAAGCUAUGCACAAAGGCCAUCAAGACGAUAGACAAGAGGGGCCUCUCUGUGAUGGCCAAGGAGGCGGGGAUCAACCUGUGGAAGCUUCCCUUCGAGGAUGCGCGGUCAGAGCGCACGGAGUGGCUGGCGACGCAUGAGCACAACCCCCCCAUGGCCAAGGACCCAAGAAAGAUGAAGAACCCCGAGCGCCUCGCCGCCUCCAAGAAAACGCCGCUGGUGGCAAGGUACCUGUCGGGCAAGGUUGUGUACAUCCGGGAAGGGUCCGACCUGUCAGAGCUCUGA